UCAGAAGCCGCGUGGUGAAGGCCCCAACGCUGCCCACGCGGCGCGGCCCCGCGGGAUUUAUCGAACAAUCGUCGCCAUCGUAGUGCGAGCAGAGAGCCUCGCUUACUACGACUUCAUGGAGUGGGAGUGGCUGAGCCGCCACGUGUGGUACCUCGACUCCAAAGAGAAAUGCCCGUACAUUCGCCUCAGCGGCCUGGCCAAGGGCUCGAAGCGGAACCCCGCCGCGUCCACCCUGUGCGUGGACGCGGCGGAUUCCCUGCUCGACCGCCUUUAUUUUUUGCACCACGACCAGCGGCGGCAGCUGCAGCAGCGCGAGGCUGAGCAAGACUGGCUGUGCGGCGGACAGUGGCGCCAGCUUGAGGUGAACGUGGGUGCCGUGUGCGCGACUUGCCCGCUCCGCUUCGUCUUCGACGGGGGUAGCGGCAAGUCGUGUGGGUCACCGAGCCUGCUGCGGGGCCGACGGCGGUGGGGGCUGCUGCCGGGCAGUGGCGAGGAGCGGUGGGGCCUCCCCGCUUGUGCUGGGCGCGCCCAGUGGCUCGUGACGGCGCCCGCCGGCCUCAGGGACUCGGUGCGUCUCGCCGCCGCUCUCCGCGGGGCCUCUGUGUCUCAGAGCGUGAGGGACCACCGGCUCGCCGUGGCGCGCGAGUGCUGCGCGAGCCGGUGCUCCGCCGUGCUGGCACAGCACGGGGACUACCUGGCGUUCGGGCCGCCACGCCUCCUCUCGACGGCUUCGCUGCGCUUGGCCCACGCUGGCAGCUGCCCCGCGGUGGCGCGCGAGUUCCGCCGGUCGCUCGGCGCCAUCCUGGACCUCGGGCAGGAGCGCGUGCCGCUUUUCGCCUCGCUCAUCGGCAACCACAUCCUGUCAGCAGAAGCCUUGGCUGCUUUUCACAAGCAUCUGGUGCCUACGGCCUUCUCUAAUGAAAAGCCGCUGCCGAGAGACGUCGUCCUGGCGGUGGCUGCAUUUGUGAGGAGUCUGCCCGAUCUGUCCGACCUGCAGGCGAUCGCCAAGCGAGUCUUUCAGGACCACUCCAAGCGCGCACAGCAGCUGCACCUGCUGUGCGCGUCUCUCCGCUACUAUGACGCCGGCCGGGCCGCGUUCCACAACGACGGGGGCGGGGCCCGCAGCGGCGAGUGGGCACCCCCCGGUGACGGGGCGGCGGCGGCGGCGGGGCAGCCAGUGGAGCGGCUGGCGCCCGCCGAGCUCGUACAGGAGGUGGAGUGGCUCCACCGCCGGGGAGAGAUUCACCCCUUCCUGCUCCACGUCGUCGGCAUGGGAGAGGUGUGGCUGCCGGCAGAGGUGACGGAGGAGGGGGAGGGCGGCCCCGGGGGACUGCCGUCGGCCGCGAGCCUCUACCGCACCGCCCGGCAGCACGUGUACGCCGUGCUGCUCCACUACCACGUCAGCGGGCAGCCGGGCGAGCCGGGGCAGCCGGGGCAGCAUGCAGGCUGCGCGGCGCGCAUCAGGGAGUGGAGGCCGAACGGGUGCCCGCGCCCCUGGGACCUGGUGCCGCCACUGGCGCUGCCCGCCGCCGGUGCCCGCCGCCCGUGCCCGCCGCCCCUCGAGCUGUGGGCGACGCAGGGCCCCGAGGGCGACGCCGGGCGCCUGGGCGCCUUCCUCGCCUGCCUGCGCUGCGACGGCACGCCCGGCCUGCGCAACCAGGCCAGCGUGCCGCACUACUUCCUCCUCUUGUGCUGCGUGCUCCGGUACAUGCUGCAGUGGCCCGGCCCGGGGGAGCUACUGUCCAGGUCGGAGCUGAAUGCGUUCCUGGCGCAGGCCGUGACCCUGCACCACCGCAGCCUCGCCGAGCUCAGGGACCUCGAGGUGCAGCAGGUGAGCGCGCGCGGCGUGGCGUUGGCGAGGCUGUUCAUGUGCGGCGUGGAGAUGGCGCUGGUCGCUAACGACGCGUGCGGCCGGCCCGUUGCGCUCGCCUGCGCCGCGCCCUGGAACUACUUUGACGGGAAACUCUUCCAGCGCAAGCUGGCCGACUCGGCCAUGCAGCCGCUGCUCGAGCUGUGCGACGGCAAGGACGAGCUGGCGGCGCACGCCGGCGAGAUGCGCAAGUGCAUCGCGGACGGGCUGACGCUGCCGCUGCCGCUGCUGAGCAGGCCCCCGGCGACCGACAGAGAAGGAGUCUGCGCCUCCGCCACGCUCGGACUCCCGGCGGUGGAUCGCGAGACAAUCGUCCUCCCGGCCGGUGCCUCCUGGACGCUCCAACCCAAGAGAGGGGCGGGCAGGGCCCGCGAAGAUGGCCGCGCGGUUCUGCGGCGUGGUGGCGGCAGGCUGAAGGUUGCCGGCGUGACGGUGGCCACGUGGUCGGGCGGUCCCAGGGUGGGCCGCCAGGAGGAGCGAGCUUUCCCGGCAGUGGCGCUCGCAUCGUCUCCUCUCCCACGGCCUCCGCCGCCGCCGCCUCCUCCGACGGCCGACACGGCGCUCGUCGGGCCGUUCGCCGCACAGAGAACCAUGUUGGCUCAGGCAAGGGGGGUUACUCGGUUGAAAUUCGACAAGGGGCGUACAGAGUCGCCAAACAAGGCCGACGGCGCGACGGGGCUGUCGGGGGACCAUUGGCCGCAUCGCCGUGAUGGGCGAGCCACUAGCGCAGCGCAGGCCCCGGGGCCUUCUCCUGGCACGGGGGUCCCCCUCCACUAGCCCUCCCCCACCCCUCCACUAGCCCCCCCCCCCUCCGCUAGCCCACCCCCCCCCCUCCACGAGCCCUCCCCCGCCCCCCACUGUGAGAGAGAGUGGAGGACGGGGGAGCCUCGAUGUGCUAACUCCACGGCGGAGACCGGUGAGUGAAUGUUUCUAACCGGGGGGCCGCUGCUCGUCGCCGGCCGAGGUUCGUGGUUUGCAUCCGGCAGGCCGCCCCGGUUAACGCGUCGUUUGAAACGGGGUUCGGCCACGUCUCGGGAGUCCGCGACCUCUAACAGUUUAAAAAAUUCCACCUCGGGUUCCCCUCCCCGCACCCCAAUCGCUCGCAGCAGCAGCAGCAGCGAUGACAUCGCGCCCGCCGGCGCAAAACUAGCGGGCGCGGUAGCGGCUGCGGUGGUGGUGAGACACGGCGGGGUGAAGGCCCUGCGAGGCCGCGAGAGCGACGCUGUAAGAUGAUACCGCGCUCGCACCGCCCGUUCGGCAACCCUGACGCUCGCCGUCACCCGGCGGAGCCCCCGGCAGGCGGAGCGGACAGAGCGGCCGCGGGAGCCAUUGCCUGCCGCUACAUCCUUCUGGAAGUUGACGUUAAAGUUCAUCGUUUGCUUGUGCCGAUUGUAUACACCUUCGUGCAGAGAAAGGAUUGAUAAAAAAAUUAACCCGUGAAAACAAAGUUUUUCACUAUAAAUCAUUUAUAUGCAUGGCAUCGGUUUUAUUUUAUUAUUGAUUUCUGUUUUUCUUGAGUAAGAGUUUUAUUUUUAUCACAUUGGUAUUUUAAAUUAAAUAUGAAAAAAAAAAAUUCCCAAAAAGUGGAAAAUUUUGGAAAAAAAAUUUUCACGAAAAUAAAUUGUCACGCACAACGAGUCUGUGUGCAAAAUGUCAGCUCGAUUGGAUCACGGGAAGUGGGUUAAAAAACGACCGAAAGAUGUGCACGGUCGUAAGCGCGCAAGCAAGCAAGUGAACUUAAUAUAAAGGAUUAAUAAAAAAAUAUUAACGUUCGGAUGGAGAGAAAAUGCAUUGCGGAAUUUGCGUUCCUCGUGGAACAAAUGUUUGUGUGAACUUAAUAAUUACCACUGACUUAGCCAGGGAGGGGGUCCUGCUCCCUUCGGAUGUUUGGCUGGGGAAACCCACGGAGAACAGAGGGGGGGAGAACAACAACAACAACCUCGACACACACAGGGAGGUCUCCUCGAGUCGCGCUGAGACGCGCGCGGCCACCAGGGGUCGCUGUGAGCCCGGUGGACGCGGAGGGGGAGGUGCUUGGGAUUUCACCCUGAAUCGUUAACCGGUUUGUCAAUCAGUUACCGGUUCGGGUUAAAAAUGUAACGUUGUUUGCUUGACCGUCGAAAUCUCGAUUUCACAAAUGUGUUCCGUGCUCUGCAUCGGAAGGGGAAGUUCGGUAACGACGGCGCUGCUUGGCAGGAACGUAUAAGCGGCAGGCGGCCUCUGUCACCGCCUGGUUCAACUUAACCCUCGUUGCUCUGUGGAGAAAUAAAAGUGUA